UCGUCGCGUUUCUUCGAUUCGUUUACGCGCUGCGCUGUGCCAUAACCUUUUUAUCAGUGUUGUCAGUGCCAAGAAAUGCAUCGCUUAUAAUGGAGGUUGUCGACUCGAGCGCAGCGAAUGUGCAGCCAACAACCAAAUUGACUGUUGAUGAUCUCAACAUUGAAAUUCUUCCAGUGAUUUAUGAAAUAAUCCGCGGUGUGGAAAAAGAUCAUCACGAUAAUACAGUCAAAGUCAGAGAAUCACAAGACUGCUCACAGAAAGUGUUAGAACUGCAGAAACGUUUGGAACAAACAAGAACCCAGAUCAAACAAUUACCUGGAAUUGAAUUCAGCAAAGAGCAACAACUUCAACACCUAGAAUCACUCAAAACACAGCUUAAACUAAAGCAAGAACUUCUCCAAAAAUACCGCUACCUCGCCUUUGACAUUAAACGUGAAAAUUGUUAAUUUAAUUUGAAAAAUAAGCAUGAUACGAUUGUUACUUAAAUAUUUGGCUAAUAAUGAAGAGCUCGUAAAGCGUC